AUGAUUGAGCUGGAGCACAAGGGCGAGACGCACUAUAUGGAAAAUGUGUGUCUGGCGUCGUCUGGCGAUGGUGAUACGUUCCAGAAGCUGGGCGCGGUAAUUUCUCCCUUUGGCGGCACGACCUACAUCGGGGAUCCGAUUGUCUGGAAAGAGGGGGGUUUCUGGUAUAUGACGCUUGCUAUCCAGCGUCAGGACCAGGUGGGCGAUCAUGUACGGUCAAGUGUGGCGCUCUAUCGCUCUUAUACGCUGUACGAGUGGGAUUACAUGACCACCCUGUUAACGGAGAAAAAAGCAGACGCUGAACAGUGGACGGCCCCGCAGAUUUUCAGCGUAGGCGAUGCCACCUUUAUGGCUUUAACGCAGCUCACGCCGCUUGAGACCACUGUUUACCCGGAUACGAAGCACAUCACGCCGGACGGCCAGGAAAGUGUCAUUCCGGGUGACACUGUAACGGCGCUCCCGCCGUACGAAAACCUGCACCGGACUGUGACGUUUGCCGGCGAAAUCUCCCUUACUGACGGAUUCAAGCGCACCGGCGACGCGGUGAAACUGGAUAUCGGCAGCGACAUGCUGUUACCGCGCAUCUUUGACGCGCCUGACGGCCGCAAAAUCCUGCUGGGGUGGGCCAACAUGUGGGGCGAUGCUCAGCCCACUAUGUUCUUUGGUUUCGCCGGAAGCUGGACCCUGCCGCGUGAGGUAGAGCUCGUUAAUGGCCAGCUGCACCAGAAACCUAUUGUCGAGCUGGAGCAGUACCGCGUUACCGGCACCAUGUACGACGCAUUGACGUUAACCGACAGCCAUACGGCGCUCACUGACGACAACCCCAGCUUUGACUUUGAGCUGGUGUUUGACCUCGAUGCCACCAGCGCGGAAACGUUCGGGUUUAGUAUCGGCGCCGGCUACAAACUGGAGUUUGAAGUUUCCGAAAACAACGAGCUGGAGCUGACAGUAUUUAGCCAGCGCAAUUAUUACCAGGAAGGGCUGGACGAUACGCGCGCCUUAACGAUCACCCGCGGGAGCCAGCUCAAAAUCUACGGCGUGUUUGACCGCUCGCUGGUGGAGCUGUUUAUUGAUGGUCUGGCCAUGCCGCUGACGGCUCGCAUCAUGCCAGGUAUCAGCGACCGCAGGAUUUAUCUGUAUUCCAUGGGCGGCACAUUGCAGCUGUCCAGCGCACAUCAUCACGCUUUAAGCAGUUUUUAA